CCGGUUGGCAUGACUGCGAUUUUCAGUGCAAGUUCCUCUUCCUGUUUCAAGAAUUGGGGAAAAAAAUUGCACCAUUUGGUAAAACUCUGGCUGAGCGGCGGCAUCGGGACUCAGCCCUUUGGGAUGAUGUCCUUCUACUUCUCGGACACGGCAGUGCUGCUCUUCGACUUCUGGAGCGUCCACACCCCCACAGGGAUGGCGCUCUCGGUGCUGGUGAUCCUGCUACUGUCGAUGCUUUACGAAGCCGUCAAGAUGGGCAAGGCCGUGCUGCUGCGGCGGGCGCUGCUGGCUCUGCCCCGCAGCCUCAGCCGGGAGUCGCUGGCGGAGCCGGAGGAGGGGGGCACCGGCCCUGCGCAGGGCAGGUGGUUUCGGUACCACAUCGGCCAGACGCUGUUCCACGUGGUGCAGGUAGUGCUGGGCUACAUGGUGAUGCUGGCCGUCAUGUCCUACAACGUCUGGAUCUUCCUCGGGGCCAUUGCGGGCUCCACGCUGGGCUAUUUCGUGGUGUACCCCCUGCUUGGUCGGGGCUAGGCACCCCCCCGGGAUGGUGGGCAAUGUGUUCCACACCUCCUGCUACUUUGUCUGGAAUAGCUGCUGUCACUUCUGCUGGGCCUGUCCUUGUCCCCAUGCUAUGUGGGACGCAGCACCCCAAGGACUUGCUGCGGGGACCCUCAGGGCUGGCCCGACUCGGGUGGGGAGGCGCUGGGGAAGGGGAGCCCCACGGCCAGCACUCUGCCACGCUGCCACCGCUGCUGUCCUCGGCUGGUGGCUGUCCACCGGCUCUCAGGGAGCUUUGGCCGGGUGAUGACGGUGGCGGGGGGUGCUGGGCAUUUCCUUCUCCCCCCUGCUUUUCGGGAGGGUUCAUCCUGGCUGGAACAGGAAUGGUCCAGUGACCUGCUGGGGAAGGGGACAUGCUGGGGACAGGCACGCCUGCCCUCCUGCCCAGAGCUGCCCUGCACCAAGCCCCUCUUCACACAGUGCCUUCUGGGGAUAACGGGGGUCCUGCUGGCCCCCCCCGCCCCCUCCUCCUGCACAGCGCUUCAGGGAUGGGGUCGGAGCAGCCUCCGAGCCGUCGGUGUGGCCGUGCCGAGGGGAAGCUGCUGCUGCGGGUGCCUCUUGCUGCUUCCUCGGGACCCCCCUUUUAAUAAAAUCAUCUCAGUUGUUUGGCUUCUGGCUUGUGUUGCUGCUGGGUGGUCUCAGGAUGACACCCCCCCAGUCACAGUGGGAGUGGGGAGCCCCAGCCCUACCCCUCCAGCACAGCCCCAGGGGGGCAGUUCAGGAAUAAGGACAGUCUCCUCUGGCUUUAAAUAAAGCUUUUCCAUUUUA